CAAAUAUAAAUAUGUGGUAAUAAAGUAAAAUAAAAUCAGGAUGUGUCUUAUAACUGAUAGUUUUAAGAAUGCUGAAGGUGGAGAACAGAACUUGGCACAAAAAGAGCCUCAGCCAGGAGUCAGUGAUGGCUAAUGGUGUCUGGUUUUGGCAAGCGAGGUAAGACCUGGUACCUUCCGGCAGUAUGUGGCCCUCCCUUAAAGACCUGGUAGGGGAUUGUGGGGCAGGUCAGCAUGCUGGCAGCAGAGGAGAGGCAUUGUUGGGGAGCCCAGGGACCAAUCGACGAUCUGGCCAGAGAAGGCCUCUCUGCCUGUGUCUGACCUCAGCAGACCUCAGCCUGGUUCUCUCGGCCUGUGGCAUCACGGUGAAGCUGAGGGCCAGCCUGGCCGUGUUCAACCCCUGGCUGCACAGCAAAUCCACACCAAGCUCUGCAAUCCGCGUGCUUCAACUUUAAAAAACAAUCAAGUCUUGGAUACUGAACCAGAACAUGCUGUGGAGGUGACGUUCUUCCAACUUUCCACGCAAUCAGGCGUCUAAGUCUAAUGGCACCGGCUAUUUAAGCUGCUUUCCUGUAACCCAUUAGGUUUACAAAGAAAGCCCCGAAGCCAGAAAGUAGCUGGCGAGGGUGAAGAGAGCGAGCUCAGGGAGGGAGCGCAGCAGGUGCAUCUGGGAGUGCCCGAUUGCCUCCCCCAGUUCUAACCCUAGCUGGCUUCUUUGGGGCGGCAGCCUGCGCCCCGCAGAUUAGGGCUCGGUGACUCAGCAGCCGGUGCUGCGUUCCCAGAGAGAAGCCGAAGCAGACACCGAGGGACGUUUGAGAUCUGCAGGCAGGCCUCAGAGCUGCGGAGCCUGGGUGAGGCUGCCAUGUGGAGCUGCAGCCUGCUCAAUGGCACGGCACAGGGUGAGGAGCAGCUGUGCCAGGACCUGCGCCUAGGGCUCUGGGUCCUCUCGCUGCUCUACCUGGUGGCUGGUGUCCCUGUUGGCCUGGGUUACAACAUGCUGCUGGUGCUGGUGAACCUGAGCAGCAAGAGCAGUAUGACUAUGCCAGAUGUGUACUUUGUGAACAUGGCUGUGGCAGGCCUGGUGCUCAGUGCCCUGGCCCCUGUGCACCUCCUGGGGCCACCCCACACCAGAUGGGCACUGUGGAGCCUCAGCAGUGAGGCACAUGUGACACUGCUGAUCCUGUUCAAUGUGGCCUCCCUAGUGACCAUGUACUCGACUGCCCUGCUCAGCCUUGACUACUACAUCGAGCGUGCCCUGCCACGUACCUACAUGGCCAGUGUGUAUAACACACGACAUGUGUGCGGCUUUGUCUGGGGUGGGGCGCUGCUCACCAGCUUUUCCUCCUUGCUCUUUUACAUCUGCAGCCAUGUGUCCUCUCGGGUUGCUGAGUGUGCCAAGAUGCAGAACACAGAGGCUGCUGAUGCCAUCCUGGUGCUCAUUGGGUUUGUGGUGCCAGGCCUGGCUGUGCUGUAUGCUCUGGCACUCAUCUCUCGGAUCCGAAAAGAAGACACGCCCCUGGACCAGGACAUGGGGAGGCUAGACCCAUGGGUGCACAGGCUACUGGUGGCCACUGUGUGCACACAGUUUGGGCUCUGGACACCUCACUACCUGAGCCUCCUGGGGCACACAGUGCUGGUCUCUCGGGGGAAGCCGGUGGAUGGGCACUACCUGGGGAUCCUGCACUUUGCGAAGGAUCUAUCCAAGUUCCUGGCCUUCUCCAGUAGCUCUGUGACGCCACUGCUCUACCGCCACAUCAAUAGAAACUUCCCUAGCAAACUCCAACGACUGAUAAAGAAAAUGCACUGUGGGCUCCGGCGUUGCCCCCUGGACCCCUCAGGGGUCCAGCCAGUGAUGGCACAGGCCUAGGGAGAGUGCUGGGUGGCAGUGACCACGCUGGGGGCUUCACUUGCCCCUCGUCUGCAUGUCCUGGGAAAUGAGCUGCCCAUGAGGAAAACCAAGUUCAACUGGAUGUGUAGCACUUUGUUACCUGGAUGCUUGGCGCUUUCUUCCCAGACAGAGAUGCACUACUACAAGAGUAGCACAAGGGGUAUUUUUUUUUAAGGUAUUCUAUUUUCACCCAAAAGGCUCAUCUUAGGCAGGCCAUGCUGGGAAAACAGGCGUGUUAUGUGAGGGACAGGCUGCCUCAGCAUCCCACCUUCUGGAGAUGGGGCAUCUCUGCUGAAGACCUCUUUCAGGCCAUGUCUUAAGUGAAAUGACCUUCAGCCUCCUCAACACCAGGCUUUUGGAAUGAAGUGAUAAAAUCUAAAGCCAGUAUUUAUUCUUUGUAUUGCCACAGUACUUGGUCCCCUCCUUUUUUGUCUUACAGAGAUGUUUUAUAGAAAAAUGUCAAGUAUUAAGAUGAAGGAAAUAGUAUAAAGGCAACAUCAUUUCCAGCUGGCAGCCUGGGCUGAGGAAGGCACAUGGGGUGUGUGUGAAGCCACAUGGAGCCAUGAUGGCCCCUGUGUGUUGGAGUUAACAGGGUGUAAUGAGCAUGGUGGGUCCUCACCAGCCAUGUGUCCUUGAUGUCCUGCCUGACAGACAGCACUAGCUGGUUUCCUUCUAUUCAGACCUGUCCCUCUAAGCCUGUUCCCCAGAAUGUACACAAAACUAAAGAAUAUGAGCUCAAGAAGGAGGGAUUCCUAACUUACUACCUAGGGCACCUGUGUCAGCGAGGGAUGGAAGGGAGGACAGGAUGGUGGGAAGCUGGUUCCCCGAGGUGCCAGGGCCUGGCAUCCAUGGCAGCAAGGCAGCCUAUGGGGCCUGUUCUGUGUGGAGCCGCACCUGGGUGUCAGCAAAGAUGGGGCAGCUGCCUGCCUCAGCCCUGCUAGUUUUACCUACCCUCACCCCUGCACACCUCCCACAUCCUCUGCUCCAGUUCUUUAGGAUUUAAAUGCAGGCCCACAACCCCAAGUACCCAAUUCUGAAAUCCAAGAAGCUUUAUAAGCAGGAAGACUUCCCCCCAAGUGACUUCCAGAAGUGAUGUGAGGCACCUCCAGCAUCUCAGCCUUGAUUCUGCAGCAACCCUAUCCUGAUGGGGUGGUGCCCAGGCCCGGGGGAACACAUGACAUGCAGGCCUGGGGCUGCCUUUGGAGCACACCUGCCCGGGGCUGUGCAGUGUGAGCCUGCAUUCUGGCCUGUUUAGCAAUGGUGCCUGGAGCUCUGAUCCAUCUCUUGGGAAAUUCAGCCAGGAGUUACUUGCUUUAGUUGUAUUUACUGUACACAAACCAUGUCUCCUCAAUUGCGAUGUGCCUGAGUUACUUUGCUUUGUGAGGAAUUAUGAAGAUACACUGGAUGCGCUGGCUUUGGGUCUCCCAUCUGCCCCUAGCAGCGGUGAUGUGCUUGGCGAGUUCUAUGGAGCCCAGUUUCUUGCCCAUAAACUAUGGGGCUGAAGUGGAGAGCUGUUCUCUGAGUUGCUUCUCACUGUGAAAUUUUUGUGUUUAGGUGUGCCAGGGUCCUGUUCAAACAUUAAGGCUAGGGCCAGGGAUUUAGCUCAGUGGUUCCGGCCCUGCCUCGCAAGUGCAAGGUCCCGAGUCCAAUCCCCAGUACCAAAAAACCCAAAAAAACCCCCAAACAUUAAGGCUGCAAGUCUGCCUGUCCCUCUCUUCUCAACCACAGAAUCUGAGGAAGGCCUACUGCUUACGGAGGUAGCCACCAGGCUUCCCAACUGGAUGGUUCCACUUAGAACCUCUGUUCUGUUUGCUAAGGAAGUGAGAACCCCAACCGUGCAGAUUCCAGCCCCACCCCAUACUACAGAGGGCAGCUGGCUGGUGCCUGCUUGUCUAUAAUUCUCUUAUGGGUAAGCAGGCCCAGGGGCCAAGGUCAAGCCAAGGGCAGCCCAACUUUUCCAGUCAGUAGGGGAAACAGGGUUCAGAUCGGGAGGGCUAUUUGUGGGGGUGGUGUCUUUGCUUAAAGUAAAAGACCACAGCUGGGUGUGGUGUCACAUGCUUGUAAUUCCAGCACUGAGGAGGCCAAGGUUGGAGGAUCACUGAGUUCAAGGUCAGCCUGGGCUACAUAAUGAGUUAAAGUCUGUCUGAGCUACAUACAUAGUGACUUUGUCUAAAAAAAGAAAAAAAGUAAAAGACCUUUUCCCUGGAUUAUACUUUCCGUACCUUUUGCUUCAAGUAAAGAGCUGUUGGGAGGGGGCAGACCCCACCCUACACAGACCAGGAGAGGUGCAGGUUCUCUGCCCUCCUGGAAUUCUUCCACCCAACCAGUCUUCCCCAGUGUAGGAAGAGGGGGCCCACAUGUCCCUUUCAAUUCUUCAGUGGCUUUGGGUGCAAACUGGUUAAGUCCUGGGGGACCCAUGCAACUCACUCCCACCUGCCCACAGGGACAGGCCCAGUAGAUGCCAGUAGUCUGGGUGGGUCCUUCUGGUAAGGCCAAGGGGCACAUAUCCUUCUUCACCCACACUGGCUUUUUUUUUUUUUGGUACCAGGGAUCGAACUGGGGUCCUUGCACUUGCACAGCGGGCGGCGAAACCACUGAGCUAAAUCCCCGGCCCCACACUGACCUUUGUAGCAGCCCCCACAUGCUGACUGCACGGUCCCUGUCCUCAGACACCUGCUCCUUUGUGCUGUGCUAACCUCGGAGGAUACUGUGUGCCUCACCUGUCUCUUACCCUCCAAAAUGUUGGAUUCCCAGUUCUGCCAUGUUUCCAAGAAAACAUGGAAAGAACUCAUGCUACUCAGAGAGUGAGGAGCUCUCUGACAAAAGCCAAAGGGGACCAUGAGCUCCGUCCUUGUCUCUUCACAUGAGCUGACCAGGCUAGGCCAGACUUUUUUGAAACUGUGUUUUAGUAUUGUACCAACCAGUUCUUGACUAUUGUUUAAAACUAAUGCUCUUAUUUUUAUUGAUCUACCAGAAAGCUUGCCAUGUUUCACUAUUUUAAGAUUUCAAAAAGUGAGUUGCAUCUUGGAUUUUCUUCACAAAGGUUAUAUGAUUCAUUAUAGGAAACUAAUUGUGGCAGAUACACCACAAAAUCAACAAACACUGUUCUUUUAUAAAAAGCAAUUGACAAAGCAUAAAGGAGGAAUAAAGUAAGAAGGUAUACUGUAUGUUACAUUCUUGAAUUUAAAACUAGUUGGAAAUUGGGAGCCUUCUGACUUGUCUGUGGUGUCUACCCCAAUGGCUGUGCCUGUGGGCCUGAGGUUCUGUGAAUCUGAAACAGAAGAAACUGCUAGAGGAUCCCCCACACUUUAAGACUAUUAAAUUAUUUAACACUAGUUACAUAAUUUCUGGGUUGUUAAAAUGUGUCUUUCUAGGCAUGUGUGAUACAUACUGGAAAACCAGCACAGGAAGUACUUGGUUAUCCCCUAACGUGAAUGUCAAGGUGUCUACUUAUUUCUCUAUAGUUUGUCUUUACAGCAAUCAUAUCAGACUAAUAAAGCAAUAGCCAUUCAGUUCCA